AUGGCGCCGGCCCCUUUGUCAAAUUCGACGCGCAGCCUGAGAAAAGUGACUCACGUCCCGCUCAAGGUGUCCGGAGAUAGCGGAUGUAGCGGUCGAGCGCUGCUCGAGGCUGGAUACGUCCGCCAACUUGGUCUCCAGCCUGAAGAGAAAGCAAAAAAGGGGGACACGGAAAAGCGCGACGAGGACAGCAAUGUGCCGUCACUGGAAUCGGUCUGGAGAAUCCUCAAACAAUUCGAAGGCACGCCGCUUCCGUCAACGCUGCCUCCAGCAUCCGCAUUCGCAGACAUCCAUCCAUCGCAACUGAUCGAGUUCGGAAAUGCCCUCACUAAAGUGCGACAAGCGCGGCUCGCCGAAUUGAGCCAGCGAAAGCCAGGCGAUAGCGAAGAUGACCGGAAACCCAACUCGCAGAGUGGCGGCGGUGCAUCGCCGGCCGACGAGCUGGAAAGUGUGGCCGACCUCGUCAGCUCGUCGGCGGCUGCCAUCAACGCCUUCAAGGCCAACUCGACGUCGCCGAUCGGGAUGCUGAACCUAGAGCGCAUCGAGAUGACCCCGGCAGGCCUUGAGCGCGGUGAGCUGGUCGCGGCGAUCCCGCUGGCACCCAAGGAGAAGACGAGCGUGGUCAAGCAGGAGUGGAGCGUCGUCGGCGACGAGCUCGCGACCAUCGUUACAGACUUGCUCUGCAGCAUCAGCAGGACGGGCGUGGCCGAGAACAGCGACCUGGCGCAGGCCACGUCGUCACAGAACGCCCACAGCAACCGGCUCCACGGACGGCGGGAGCAUCGGGCGGCGGGGCCCGAGUCGGCGUCGGCUGGCGACAGCCGCAAGCACGCGGCGUCGAUGACACAUGCGGCGUCGUUGCGCGUCACACAGGCUCACAAGAUGACCAUCUCGACGGCGGCAGUGCCGGUCGCGGCGCGCGACGAUGUACCGCUAGCCACGUCGUCGUGCGCGCUCGAGAACCCGAGCGAGACGGACCCCAUGCGCGUCGACUACAUUAAGAUGAUGCGAAAAUGGCGCGUUAGAUUGUACCGCUACGGAUUGCGGCUGACGUACGACCUGACCGUGGCUGAGCCAGGCGCCGCGAUGCGCGCCGAUUACAGCGAGGUGGAGGAGCUGCGACGCGAUGUGCAGAAGGCGUUUGCGUUCCGCGAGAACUACCUAUCGCACGGGGUGCCCACCCCGCCAGGGCCGCUGCCGCUGUGGUCCGCCCUGAGCGCGUCAGGGGCCGUUGGAAAAAAGCACGGCGCCGACGGCAGCGGCAGCAACAUCUUCACCACCGUGACCCACAUUGUAGUGCCCGACGGCUACGCCAUCGACCACGUCGACUUAACCACGCAGCUCAGCUACGAGGACCACGACCGGCGCUUCGACGUGCUGGGCUGCGCCGAUGAUACAUGGAGCCGCACCGCCCAUGUCAGCAACGUGUUCCCAACUCUCCGGGGUCUGAACGGGCAGCAGCUCUUGCAUGGCCGCACGGGGAGCGUCAACAUCACGCAUGUGUCGGGCGGGUUCCAGGACGGCAGUUUCCAGUUCGACAUCACGCUCAAGCGCACCGACGAGUAUUUCCGCGGAUGGCGGGCGUCAGUGUGGAACUCGCUGCAAGAGGCGGCGAAGGCCAAGUAUCAUGCGGAGCGGACAAGCAAGCAGGCGCAGCUGACAGCCAUCGAGGCGCGCGUCAAUGGCGUCGAUAUGUUGACACUGCGGCGCGAAGAGAACGACGAGAUCAUGGAGUGCGUGCUGAGAUGGUUUCUGGGCGUGGACUUCGAGCUCAUGCCCGGGGAUAGAGGCAACCUGUCCAAGAACGGGAGCGGCAGCGGCCUCGCCGCGCACGAGGCUAAAGUGUCGUUCAUCAACCAGGCGGUCGACUGGGAGAAUGUCGCUUCUUUCUUCACGGCUACUUCUGGAACGUCCCGCAGAACCGGUCGUUCCUCCGGUUACGAAGAAGCAUUUACGUGGUUCGCCGAGCACGGCGACAUGAGCGCGCCGCCAUCGAGCCCCUCGGGAUACCCGGGCAUGGCCAUCGCACGGCAGAUCCGUGCCUACGACAGCACGAACUACCCGGGAAUCCCGCUGGCAGGCCCAGGGAAGCAAGAGGUAUCCGCGGCGACGACCUCUCAGGCCCUGGUCGAGCCGGGCAGCGGGCCCGUGUCCAUCAAGGUGGCAGACGCCAGCGGCUUCGUGGCGGGCGGUAUCGCCGUCAUAGACAGCUGGGAAAGGGGCGUGAACGGCGAAAACCCCACCGGGAUCCAAGAGAGCCAGACCAUUGUCAAGGCGGACAAGUACACUAGCACCGUCACGGUCCAGGAGCUGACGCACGCGCACGACGGGCAGAAGCUGCCGUUCUCCAUCUUACAGACGUCGCCCAAGGGUUUGUUGAUCGCCGAGUGGUUCGAGUACACGCCCUCUCAGGGCACCAUGAUCUCCAUCGACAGCGAUGUGAAGACGAUUGCCUGA